AUAGGUUAGGGAUUAUAUAUUUCGAGUUGUGACAAUGACGCGGAUUUACAGGGAAGAAUGCUACGAGGGAUCCACGGAAGUGCGGGACGUCUCCAGCCGGAGAUGCGUUAAAUGUGGCCGAGCUCAAACCGCCACGAUGAGGAUUAGGACGGGAAUUGUUUUUUGGAAUCUCUUCUUUUCUCUCAUGCUCACCUGUGCCAAAGGUUUUAUCCAUACAUGUGGAGGCACUUUAAAGGGGAGGAACGGGACAAUAGAAAGCCCUGGGUUUCCAUAUGGUUAUCCGAAUGGCGCAAACUGUACCUGGGUGAUCGUCGCAGGAGAGGGCAACAGGAUCCAUAUAGUUUUUCAAUCUUUUGCAGUUGAAGAAGAAUAUGACUUUUUAUCUUUGUAUGAUGGGCAGCCACACCCGGCAAACUUCAGAACAAGGUUAACAGGAUUUAGCAUUCCUCCACCUGUUACCAGUUCUGGUUCCAUUUUUUCACUGAGGCUUACCAGUGACUUUGCAGUAAGUGCUCACGGAUUUAAAGCCUCAUAUGAAGAACUCUGGAGCAGCUCAUGUGGAAAUCCAGGCAUUCCACCUAAAGGCAUACUGAACGGAACCCAGUUCAGUGUAGGGUCGAAGAUCCGUUACAGGUGUAUCGCUGGCUAUGUCCUUGAUGGGCAUUCACUGCUCACCUGUGUCACAAAUGCAGCUGGUGUGUCAGUGUGGGACUUCCCUGUGCCAAUCUGCAGAGCGGAGGACACAUGUGGCGGAACCCUAAGGGGUUCCAGUGGCUUCAUAUCCAGCUUUGAUUUCCCCAGCGGGGGCUCCCCUGGCGUUGGAGGACUGGGCAGCAGUGGAGAGUGUAAAUGGACCAUCCUAGCUGACCCGGGGGAUACUAUCUCAUUGGUGUUUACGGAAUUCCAAAUGGAAGAGAAGUCUGAUUAUCUUGAAGUCGAAGGAUCAGAAUCACCUACAAUCUGGCUGACUGGGAUGAAUAUCCCCGCACCCAUCAUCAGCAACAAAAACUGGCUGCGGCUGCAUUUUGUGACAGAGAGCAAUCAUCGCCACAAAGGCUUCAGGGCUCAGUAUCAAGUGAAAAGCUCUGGAGAGCAUAAAUCCAGAGGGGUAAAAUUAUUACCGGGGAAGGACAACACUAACAAACUGUCUUUGAUGAAUGAAGGAGUCAAGCAGUUGUCCAAUUACUGUCCUGACCCAGGAGAGCCAGAAAAUGGCAAACAGAUUGGCUCAGACUUCAGCAUCGGAGCAACUGUUCAAUUUAUCUGCGAUGAAGACCAUGUGCUGCAGGGUUCCAAAACGAUUACCUGCCAGCGUGUAGCUGAAGUCUUUGCAGCUUGGAGCGACCACAGGCCCGUCUGCAAGGUGAAAACGUGUGGGUCAAAUCUACUGGGACCUUCAGGAACAUUCACAUCCCCUAACUUCCCGAUCCAAUAUGAAAGUAACUCCCAAUGUGUGUGGAUCAUCACUGCCAGUGAUCCAAACAAGGUUAUUCAGAUCAACUUUGAAGAAUUUGACUUGGAGAUUGGGUAUGAUUCACUUACGAUUGGAGAUGGAGGGGAAGUAGGGGAUUCUAAAACAAUAAUACAAGUACUAACUGGGAGCUUUGUCCCAGACCUGAUUGUCAGCAUGUCCCAUCAGAUGUGGCUUCAACUGCAAUCUGAUGAAAGUGUGGGCUCAAUUGGCUUCAAGAUCAACUAUAAAGAAAUUGACAAAGAGAGUUGUGGUGAUCCUGGUACACCACUCUAUGGCUACCAAGAGGGAAGCGGCUUUUUAAAUGGAGAUGUUCUGCGAUUUGAGUGCCAGUUUGGAUUUGAGCUCAUUGGGGAGAGGUUGAUAACCUGCCAGAACAACAAUCAGUGGUCUGCAAAUAUUCCCAUCUGCAUAUUUCCUUGUUUUUCCAACUUCACGGCUCCCAUGGGGACUGUGCUGUCUCCUGACUACCCAGAAGGCUAUGGGAACAACCUCAACUGUGUAUGGUUGAUAAUCUCAGAGCCUGGCUCCAGAAUCCACCUGGCGUUUAAUGACUUUGACCUUGAACCACCCUAUGACUUCCUCACCAUCAAAGAUGGUGACCAAUCAGGAGCCACCAUUUUGGGACGUUUCUCUGGGGCAGAAGUUCCCUCCCACCUGACGUCCAACAGUAACAUCCUGCAGCUCGAGUUUCAAGCUGAUCACUCGAUGUCAGGGCGAGGGUUCAACAUCACCUAUAGCACUUUCGGGCGUAAUGAGUGCCCUGACCCUGGCAUACCACUGAAUGCCAGGCGCUUCGGGGACAGCUUCCAACUGGGCAGCUCCAUUUCAGUGGUCUGUGAAGAGGGCUUCAUCAAAACGCAGGGUGCUGACACCAUUACAUGCCUUUUAGAGGAAGGCAAGGUGAUGUGGAGCGGCCUCAUUCCAAAAUGUGAAGCUCCCUGUGGCGGUCACUACUCAGGCCCAUCUGGGGUCAUCCUGUCCCCAGGAUGGCCAGGCUACUACAAAGACUCACUCAGUUGUGAGUGGGUCAUAGAAGCUGAGUCAGGACGCUCAAUCAAGAUCAGCUUUGACAGGUUUCAAACUGAACUCAGCUAUGACUUUCUGGAGGUACAUGACGGCCCAAAUCUACUUUCACCUCUCAUUGGCUCAUUCAAUGGAACCCAGGUUCCUCAGUUUCUGUUUAGUACCAGCAACUUCUUGUAUUUGCUGUUCACCACAGACAACAGUAGAUCCAACAGUGGCUUCAAAAUUUUCUAUCAAGUUGUUACAGUGGAUACAUACUCGUGUAUGGAUCCUGGUAUCCCAGUCAGUGGUGUGCGGCUAAGCAACGACCUGUCCAUUGGCUCUACGAUAUCCUUCCAAUGUGAUCCAGGAUAUAGACUAAGCCUUGAAGAACCACUGGUUUGUGAAAAGAACCACUUCUGGAGCCACCCUCUGCCCACUUGUGAUGCCUCUUGCGGCGGGGAUAUCAAAGUGCCUGCUGGUGUCAUCCUCUCGCCUGGCUACCCUGAGCUGUAUCCAAACUCCCUGAACUGUACAUGGACUGUGGAGGUUAGCCAUGGAAAAGGUGUGCAAUUCACAUUCCACUCCUUCCACCUGGAGGAUCACCAUGACUAUCUUCUGAUAACAGAAAAUGGCAGCUUCGCUCAGCCACUGGCUCGACUCACUGGCUCAGAGAGGCCGGCUCCGGUUAACGCGGGCCUGUAUGGCAACUUCAAAGCACAGCUCCGCUUCAUUUCGGACUUCUCCAUAUCUCUUCAGGGAUUCAACAUAUCCUUCUCGGAAUAUGACCUUGAGCCCUGUCAGGACCCUGGGACACCCCGCUUUGGCUGGCAUGCAGGCUCGAGGUUUGGCAUUGGUGACGCCCUUUUGUUCCAUUGCAACACUGGCUAUCGGCUGCAGGGGGCAAAGGAGAUAGUAUGCUUGGGAGGUGGCCGCCGUAUGUGGAGUGCCCCUCUGCCAAGGUGUGUGGCGGAGUGUGGCUCGACAGUCUCCAAAAAUGAGGGUGUUCUUUUGUCGCCAAACUAUCCUCUGGCGUAUGACAACAGCCACGAGUGUGUAUACAGCAUUCAUGUUCAAAGAGGAAAAGGCAUCAACAUCACCGCCAGCACGUUUCAUCUUGCACAAGGUGACAUCCUCAAGGUGUAUGAUGGUAAAGAUGGUGCUGCUCCACCCCUCAGCACAUACACGGGCACAUCCAUGCAAGGUCUGUCACUGACUACCACUUCCAACUAUAUGUGGUUGGAAUUCUACUCCGACCAGGAUGGCACAGCAGCAGGUUUUCGCCUCAAAUAUCAUAGUUUUGAGCUAUCCCAUUGUGAUGAACCAGGUGUGCCACAAUUUGGCUUUAAAGUCAGUGACCGGGGUCACUUUUCUGGAAGUGCGAUCUCAUAUGGCUGUGACCAAGGUUACACCCUACACGGAAGUGGCAUAAUCAAGUGCAUGACUGGCGAGAGAAGGGCGUGGGACAACAGCCUACCAUCAUGUAUAGCGGAGUGUGGUGGCAGUUUUAAGGGGAAAUCUUCAGGCCGCAUCCUUUCACCUGGUUAUCCCUUCCCUUAUGACAACAACCUGAGGUGCACAUGGAGCAUUGAGGUCAACUCUGGAAAUAUUGUCAGCCUCCAGUUUCUCGCUUUCGACACUGAGGCAUCCCAUGAUAUUCUUAAGGUGUGGGAUGGGCCUCCGGAAAAUGAAAUGCCUCUGAAGGAGGUUAGCGGCUCACUGCUGCCUGAGGGGAUUCACUCUACUCUCAAUGUGGUCACAAUUCAGUUUGAAACGGACUUUUAUAUCACCAAGUCUGGGUUUGCCAUUGACUUCUCCAGUUCUCUUGCCACUGCCUGCAGAGAUCCAGGUAUUCCCAUGAAUGGCAGUCGCAACGGGGAAGGCCGGGAGCCCGGUGACUCUGUGACCUUCUCUUGUGAUCCGGGAUAUGAAUUGCAGGGGGAGAGCAGAAUCACCUGCAUCCAAGUAGAAAAUAGAUACUACUGGCAACCCAGCCCUCCAAGCUGCAUCGCUCCAUGUGGAGGGAAUGUAACUGGAUCUUCAGGAUUCAUCCUGUCACCCAACUACCCACACCCCUACCCACACAGUAAAGACUGUGACUGGCUUAUUGCUGUCCACUCUGACUAUGUCAUCUCCUUGGCCUUUAUCAGCUUCAGUAUUGAACCCAACUAUGAUUUCUUGUACAUCUAUGAUGGGCCAGACAGCAGCACUCAUCUGAUUGGCAGUUUCCAGGACAGUAAACUUCCUGAAAAGAUUGAGAGCUCCUCCAACUUCAUGUACUUGGCAUUUCGUAGUGACGGCUCUGUGAGCUACACUGGCUUUCAUUUAGAGUACAAAGCCAAACUGCGGGAGGCCUGUUUUGAUCCAGGGAAUGUGAUGAAUGGCACAAAAAUGGGCACUGACUACAAGCUUGGAUCAAUGGUUACAUUUAAUUGUGAGGCCGGAUACCUACUGCAAGGCUAUUCUACUCUGACAUGUGUCAUGGGCAACAGCAAGAGACCAGAAUGGGACAGAGGCAAGCCAAGUUGUCAAGCUCCCUGCGGUGGUCACUUCAGCGAUUCAGAGGGCACCGUGCUGUCCCCAAACUAUCCACAUAAUUACACCAAAGACCAGAGCUGUGUGUACGACAUCUUUGUCCCAGGGGACUUUGUGUUGUUUGGCCAGUUUGUGGUGUUUCAUACAUUGACCAGUGAUGUUGUCGAGAUCUAUGAUGGAUCCUCAACGGAGUCAUCGCUUCUCUCAUCGAUUUAUGGAUCCCAUUCAGGGGAGACACUUCCUUUGAGCUCAGGAAACAAGGUAACACUCAAGUUUACCUCAAACGGAACUGACACAGCAAAAGGAUUUCAUUUUGUUUACCAAGCCGUCCCCAGGACAAGCUCCUCUCAGUGUAGCUCGGUCCCAGAGCCCCGUUUUGGGAAACGCAUAGGGAAUGACUUUGGCACAAGUAUGGGCGUGCUGUUUGAAUGCAAUCCAGGCUAUACGAUGCAUGGUGCCAGUGCCAUCAAGUGUGAGGCUGUGCCCAGUGCCCUGGCCCAGUGGAACGGCACUGUGCCCACAUGUGUUGUUCCCUGUGGAGGAGUGCUGACAGGCCGCAGAGGCACGAUACUCUCUCCUGGAUACCCAGAUCCAUAUGCUAACUAUCUGAACUGUGCCUGGAAAAUAACUGUUCCAGAGGGAGCUGGCAUCCAAAUUCAAGUUGUGACCUUUGCAACAGAGCACAACUGGGAUUCGCUGGAUUUUUUUGACGGAGUUGAUGGCAAUGCGCCAAGGCUCGGUAGUUACUCAGGCACAACGAUUCCCCAACUACUGAACAGCACAUCAAACAACCUCUACCUGACCUUUCAGUCUGACAUCAGUGUGUCGGCGGCUGGCUUCCAUUUGGAGUACACAGCAAUAGGUUUGGAUUCGUGCCCCGAACCGCAGCCCCCCACUAACGGCCACAAAGUGGGAGACCGCUACACCGUAGGCGACAUGGUGUCCUUCCAAUGCGAUCAAGGCUUCUCGCUACAGGGUAAUGCAUAUAUUACAUGCAUGCCUGGUCCUGUCAGAAGGUGGAAUUACCCUGUACCAUUAUGUUUAGCUAAGUGUGGCGGCUCCAUGACAGAUUUCAGCGGCGUCAUCCUCAGCCCAGGCUUUCCAGGAAAUUACCAGAGCAGCCUGGACUGCAGCUGGAGAGUUCGGCUUCCUAUUGGCUUUGGGAUCCAUCUGCAGUUUUUGAACUUCUCCACAGAGCCAGUUCAUGACUAUCUUGAAGUGCGCAGCGGGAGCUUGGAGACUGGAACCGUGAUUGAUCGGUUCAGCGGCUCACUGGUACCCAACGCUCUGUUCAGCACCACCCAUGAGACUACGCUCUUCUUCCACAGCGACUACUCCCAAAACAAGCCUGGCUUUAACAUUGUCUAUCAAGCGUAUGAGCUCCAAAGGUGCCCGGAUCCACACCCAUUCCGUAAUGGUAGAGUGAUCGGCCAAGACUACAGUGUGGGGAUGACCAUUACCUUUGAGUGCCUCCCGGGUUAUACUUUGCUUGGGGAGGCUUCACUCACUUGUCUGCACGGAGUCAGCAGAAACUGGAAUCACCCCAUACCUCGCUGUGAAGCUCUCUGUGGUGGGAAUGUAACAUCAAUGAAUGGCAAAAUUUACUCUCCUGGACACCCAGCUGAAUACCCCCACUUCCAGGACUGCAUGUGGACUGUCAGAGUACCUCCUGGUUAUGGCAUCUACAUCAAUUUUUCCAUUAUCAAUACUGAGCCUAUCUAUGACUACAUCACUGUGUGGGAUGGACCCGACCAGGCCUCACCUCAGAUUGGGCAAUUCAGUGGCAGUUCAGUGCAGGAAGACGUCUCCACCACCGCCAAUCAGAUCCUCAUCAAGUUCCACAGUGACUUCAGUACCAGCGGCUUCUUUGUGCUGAAUUAUUAUGCAUACCAACUGAGAACAUGUCAGCCACCCCCUCCUGUUGCCAACUCUACCGUUCUAACUGAUGACGACCACUUUGAAAUAGGGGACAUUAUUCGGUACUCAUGCCUGCCAGGCUUCACCUUGGUAGGCAGUGAGAUUCUGACCUGUCGACUUGGAGAGCGGCUACAGAUGGAUGGACCACCACCAGUCUGUCAAGUCCAAUGUCCUGCUCACGAGGUUCGUUUUGACUCAACGGGGGUAGUCCUGAGCCCAGGCUACCCUGAAAACUACCCAAACCUCCAGAUGUGCUCCUGGCUGAUAAAUGUUGAGAAGGGUUACAACAUUUCACUGCACUUUGAACUCUUCCAGACAGAAAAGGAGUUUGAUAUUUUGGAAAUAUUUGAUGGUCCAAACAUCUACAGCCAGAGCCUGGCCUCACUUAGUGGUGACAUUGAGACCCCAUUCAGUCUGACCACCACUGGCCAUCAGCUCCUGCUGCGCUGGUCAUCUGACCAUGGCACCAACCGACGAGGGUUCCACAUCAGAUAUGUGGCGACCUACUGCAGUACCCCUGACUCUCCACAACACGGUUUUGUGGUCAGUCAAACUGGGGGUCAUGUUAACAGCACGGUGCGCUGGGCCUGCGACAGGGGGUACAAGCUGAUUGGAAAGGGCACAGCUGUAUGCAAGAAGACCAACUACGGCUAUUACACUUGGGACGCAACAGUUCCGGCCUGUCAAGCUGUGUCAUGUGGCGUGCCCAAUGCGCCAGUGAAUGGAGGUGUUCUCGCUUCUGAUUAUUCCGUCGGCACACGGGUGACCUACUUUUGCAACAGUGGUUACCGGCUGUCCUCCAAAGAGCUAACGACUACAGUCUGCCAGCCAGACGGUACCUGGAGCAACCACAACAAGAUACCCGGAUGCAUCCUUAUGAUGUGCCCCAGUCUUAGCUCCUUCUCACUGGACCAUGGGAAAUGGAGUAUAGUUAAUGGGUCGUCCUAUGAAUACGGCACCAAAAUAAUUUUCACCUGCAACCCGGGAUACUUUCGUGUUGGUCCCGCUCACAUCCAGUGCCUGGCAAAUGGGGUUUGGAGUUGGAGAAAUGAAAGGCCCCGAUGCAGAAUCGCUUCAUGUGGCGACCUGCCGAUUCCGCCUAAUGGGAAGAAAAUCGGCACUCAGACUACCUUUGGAGCAUCAGCCAUUUUCAGCUGCAACCUUGGCUAUGUUUUAACUGGAUCGACUGUUAGAGAGUGUCUCCUGUCCGGACUUUGGAGUGGAACAGACACUCAGUGCCUGGCUGGUCAUUGUGGCACUCCUGAGCAGAUCGUGAAUGGACAGGUGAUCGGGGAGAACUUUGGUUACAGAGACACUGUGGUUUACCAGUGCAACUCUGGAUUUAGGCUCAUUGGGUCCUCCGUCCGGAUCUGCCAGCAGGACCACAACUGGUCUGGACAGCUCCCAGUGUGUAUCUCUGUCACGUGUGGCCACCCCGGCAGCCCCAUCUACGGCCGCACCAUUGGCGACGGCUAUAACUACAACGACGUGGUGCGCUUCUCCUGUAAUAAAGGCUACACACUGGAGGGGCCUUCUUCAGCCCAGUGCCAGGCUAACCGCCAGUGGAGCCAGCAGCCUGCAACAUGUAGAGUGGUGAACUGCACAGAUCCUGGCAUUCCCGCCAAUUCAAUCCGUGAAAGCAAGAUUGAGCAUGGCAACUUUACAUUUGGCAGUGUGGUGUUCUAUGACUGUAACCCUGGAUAUUACCCGUUUGGCUCCUCCGUGCUCACCUGCCAACCAGCUGGUCACUGGGACAAACCUCUGCCAGAAUGCAUUGAGGUGGACUGCGGCCACCCAGGUUGCCCUCCUCACGGAGUGAUGAUUGGAGAGAAGUUCACCUUUGGCUCCACGGUGCGAUAUUCCUGCUCUGGAGACCGCCAGCUCAUAGGAGACUCAUCACUCACUUGUCAGCUUAAUGGCCAUUGGAGUGGCCCACUGCCCCACUGCUCAGGCAACACUGUGGGCACCUGUGGGGAUCCUGGCACGCCUGCACACGCCACCAGGGAAGCAGGGAACUUCAAAGUGCGAAGCAAGGUGCGAUUCACCUGCGCAGUAGGACAUACGCUGUACGGCUCAGCAGAGAGGAUCUGCUUCCCCAAUGGGACGUGGUCAGGCAGACAGCCGUUCUGCAAAUCCGUGCAGUGCGGAAACCCAGGAACACCUGCUCAUGGCCGCAUUUCCCGUGUGGAUGGUACAACCUUCUCCCACUCCAUUGUUUAUUCUUGUAUGGAGGGCUAUUUCCUCUCAGGCUUGCCCACACGCCAAUGUCUGGCUAAUGGCACGUGGUCUGGCAUGGCUCCAAACUGCACAUUGAUCACUUGUGGUGACCCAGAAAUCCCAGCAAACGGGCUUAGAUUUGGCGAUGAUACCUCCGUGGGCCACAAUGUAACCUUUAUGUGCCAGCCCGGUUUUGUGAUGAUUGGAGGGGACCACAAUGUAACCAGGACCUGUACCAAAAAUGGCACGUGGUGUGGCACCAUUCCGACAUGCAAGGUGGUGAAAUGUCCGACGCCUCCAUCCAUCCCAAACAGCCUUUUGGAGGGCUCGGUGUGGGAAUGGGGCACCAGUGUGAGUUUCAGCUGUCUGUCGGGCUAUGAGCUCUCCUUCCCUGCUGUGCUCACCUGCACAGGGAAUGGGAUGUGGAGUGGAGAUCUGCCUCAGUGCUUGCCCAAGUUCUGUGGAGAUCCAGGUACACCUGCCAAAGGACGGCGAGAAGGGCGUAGCUUCAUUUUUAAGUCAGAGGUGACUUUUAGCUGCAACCCUCCCGAUGUGCUGGUAGGCUCAACAACACGAAUGUGCCUGGUGGACGGCAACUGGAGUGGAUCUCAGCCUCGAUGUAUCGAACCCACAAGAACCACAUGUGAAAAUCCAGGAGUGCCCGAACAUGGCUUCAUGAAUUACACAACUGGUUUUAAGGUGGGCAGCAGAGUGGACUUCCAGUGCCAACAGGGACACAUUCUCCAGGGCUCCAUCACCCGCCUGUGUUUAUCUGAUCUCACGUGGACCGGCACCCAGCCUACCUGUAUCCCUCAUUCGUGCAAGCAGCCGCACAGCCCAGCCAACUCCGAUGUGAUGGGGCUAGACCUGGCCUCCUAUGGUUACACCCUGGUGUACACCUGUCAGCCAGGAUACUUCCUUUCUGGGGGUUCAGAGCACCGCUUCUGCCGCUCUGAUGGCAGCUGGACUGGCAAGGUGCCCGUGUGCAGAGCUGGAUCCAAAUCACAGGAAAAAACUGUCAAACUAAUACCAGGGACGGCAAGCCCGAAAAUAAAUGUUCCUGAGGACGUCUUUGCUCCUGAUUUCCUGUGGAAAGGCUCCUAUGAUUACAAGGGACAGAAGCAGCCAAUGACGAUGGCAGUCACAAGCUUUAAUACCACAACGGGAAAAGUGAAUGUAACUUUAAACGACAGUAGCUUGGAGUUUCUGCUCUCUGGGGUGUACAAGCACCAGGAGGUGAGGUUGACGCUUCUGCUGUACCACAUGAGAGCGCUGGCCCACAGCUCCUUGAGUCGGCUUACAGAGGAGACCUGGUCGAUGGACGGAUUUGUUUCAGCUGAGCCCGAGGGCAGCAGCUUUGUGUGCCAAGGCUUUAUACAGGGUAAAGACUAUGGACAGUUUGGACUACAGAGACUUGGUUUGAGUGUGAGAGAGAAUAUUACACUCCCUGAUCCUGAAACCAACACGUCCACCAACAGCAGCUCUGUUGCUGUCGCGAUCCUCGUGCCUUUCUUUGCCCUCAUCUUGGCCGGACUCGGUUUUUAUCUCUACAAACAGAGGAAAACAGACAAAGCACAGUACACCGGAUGUUCUGUGCACGAGAACAACAACGGACAGGCCACCUUUGAGAAUCCCAUGUACAACACCAACACAAAAGCUGCCGAGGGGAAAGUCGUCCGCUUUGACCCCAAUCUCAACACCAUCUGCACCAUGGUUUGAUGCCUGCGGCAUCCGGGAGAAAGACUUCUUUGUUUACUUAAUAUGAAUAUAUAAUGACAUAUUUAGACUUUUUCCGGUUGAUGCCAAACAAAGUCAGAGAGCUGCUCAGAAAAACAAAGCACACUUUCACCAACACUGAGGUCCCUUGCCAUUUGCGGUGUAAACACAAAAGGUAAAGAAUGGAAAUGAGAAAGAAGAGGUGCCUCAUCACCUUCUUAUAGGUUGGUGAAGAAGAAUAGGGCCUUGCUACACUCUGUGAGUGUUGGUAUAAGAGCCUCUGAUCUAAUAGUUAAUGCUCUUUAGGGUAAUUAUGUCACAAUGCCAAAUGACACAUUUUUAAUUUGAUUUUCAUGCCCACGUCCCCUGUUUUGAUUUAACCUUCAGCGCUGAUGUCAUCGUCUUCUUUUUCAAGUGGCAGGAAAACGAGAACGUAAAAAGAAGUUUCCUCUCUCCGAAUACACUCGGUGCGCCCGACUUUUUAAAGUUAUAUGGCCGCUAUUUAAUUGGUUGCUGCCUCCGACUGACAAACUAUAUGGGCCUGGAUUUAAUUAUUGAAGUGCAGUACCAUUUUUCUAGUUCCAAUGGGAAAGCUUUUACUGUGCAGUAUUCUAACGCAACAAUUUCCUUGGUUUACUACUGGUUUGUGUGCCAUUAAUUUGUUUAUCCACAGAAAUGUCUUUAAAUGUGAGCGUUCAAAUGACAAAUGGUCUGUAGAAGUCUAGUCUUUUCAGUGCAUUGGUUCUAUGGGGCCGAAGUAUCUAUAUGGAAAUGAUCCAAAGUAAUUUAUUGUCAUGAGUUGUAGUUGGAUCUGCUUCUCUGUGUCCCAAAUAACUAUUGUAAAUGAGGGAACCACCUUGUGAAAUAGGCACACAUCAACAAUCUCAAAGUAGAGCAUCUUUUGCAUAAUUAUUACAGGGUCUAUUGAGUGUCAUGUUCAUGCAUGUGAGCAGCACUGAUGAUGCCCAAGUUUUAGGAUUGAAUCCAUGAUCAAAAGGCAAAGAAGCCAAGUGUCAACAUGUCGUUUGAGGCUCAGUUAAGCUUAUGCUCCUAUUCUUUCAUUAGUUCUUAUUUUACAAGAUGCAACUUCCACAUCUUCAUUGUGGUGUCGAGGUUAUGAGUACCAUUAACUCAGAGGAGUGUUUGUUGUUUUGGGGUCUAACUGUGCCUUAUGGUGCACACUCAUUGUACGCAGCCAAAUCUUAUAAUAAAGUCGCACUCAUCCUACCCUGCUCGUCCCUAGUGGCCAUGGCUGGCAUUGUCCAACGACCGGCAUCCUUUCUCCAUGUUUUUUUUUCUUUUUUGUUUUUCUCUUCCUGUGCAUUUAACCCAUUUCAGUUGCAAACAGCACACACACAAGUCCUGCAACUUGAUUGACUGUUUUGACUUUUUUCAAAUUUCCUGCCCCACUCAGUACACUUUACCUCGCUAAUUAAACAAGCAAUUAUUUUUGUCACUCCAUGUUCUCCAUCAACAUGCAUAUUUUAAAACGCUUGAUGAAUACAAGGCCUUUUAUCUGCUUCGUUGUCGCCCACCGCCACUAAGUCAUCAGCUGCUGCCAACAAAUGUACAAUAAACGUGAACGAAGAAGAAUGGCACGAACGUGAGCCCCCAUCAGUAUUAGAAUUUACAUCUGUUUGAUCCUUUCUACAUCAUAGCAGUGCCUUUAUUACUGUAUAGGCAUAUGUUUUCAAAGGACACAUAACAUUUACUGCAUUAGUAGACAUAUACUGUAUGCUGUGUAGUAAUAAAAUGCUGAGUGGUAGAGUGUGUGAGUGUGCGCGCGCGCUCAUUAUUUCAUAACUGCAUGUUGGCUCAGAGGUGAUCCACUCUGGUACGUUGUACCUCUGUGUCAUUGCUGUUACAUUUUGUACAUUUAUACAGUUUUGAUACUUGAUGGAAUUCUUUAGUGAGAUGUCUUGUGUUCUCAAUAUGUAAUAUAUUUUGCAAAGUGCAUAUUUCUUAUGGAUGAGGAUUUAAAAGAUGCAUCUGGUGAAAGCAGAGGGCAAGUAAGUUCAGAUCAGAGAUAACCUUAAAACAUGACCGUACUCUUCAGAAAUGUUAUCUAUGAAUAUGUACAUAUGCAGAUGUUUUGUAAAGAGAUAUAUUUUUUAUUCAAAUAAAGCAUUUGUAAGUUAUUGAAAAUGUUGUGUAAAAUUCACAUGUAAAUGUCAUGUAAGAUUACAAAAUGUUUUGUAUAUAUUUUUUU